UCAGUAAACAAAACUGUUGUCGGCUUCCCGCGGUUGGAAAUGAUUACGGAAAAAAUCUACGGCAGCAUUUUGGUGUGAAAUCCACACAAGAACCGUACAAAAUGAGCUACAGCUUGUUGGACAUUGCUGUUUCAAAAAACAAUCUUGUAAUCAGCGAUAGCUCCAACAGCGACGAUAGUGAUCAACCAUCAACAUCCAGCACCGCACCGGCGGCACCAACAUUUACGUACAAAGGCAAGAAGUACACACAGCUAGACCCGCAAUUGAAAGUGAAACCAAUCCUACGCGAUGUCGAACGCAUUCCGGAGUACAGGCUGGUAGAGAGAAACGAGCCAGACGGUUGGACUCUCUCCAUUACUCUGCGAAUGCGACGGCGGGAUGAGCCCACCGAUGAUGCCUGCAUCCGGCACAGGCAGCGCAUGGUUGAGCUUUUGUUCGAAGAAAUCGACCGGCAAUCGUUCAUCGAGGAGGAGCUGACGCAGAAACUACCAUCCUCAACCGAGGAAGACAGCAACGAACCGCUCUCCAUACAAGAGUUUUACAAUCAAUUACGAUUGCGCCAUCGAACGCAAGCGGGUAAUAAAAGCUCGAAGGAAUUGGUAAUUCCACUGUUGCGCCCCGAAUUGCGUUUGUAUCAAGAGCAAGCGAUCAGUUGGUUGCUUAAGCGGGAAACCGUCGUAGAUCGAUUGCCCGGCCAGUACGUUCUGCUUCGUUGCCGUGCCCAGCCAGAGGUGAGUUUUUACAUGGAUCUGUACGACUGUACGAUAAGCGAUAAGAAACCGAACCCAAAAAUACCCGCCGGUGGUAUACUGGCCGAUGAGAUGGGUAUGGGCAAAACGGUCGAAAUCCUUGGCCUAAUGCUGCUGAACCCGAAGAAACAAGACUCGCCCAAGGAGCUCCCGGAGCCCCAGGAGCCUAACGAAGUGAAAGUUAAGGCGACGAAAAAUGAAGGUGAACUGAGGUGCUUGUGUGCUAGCACACUGACCAAGAAAACGAUUGCCUGCCGUAAGUGUGGCCGGCUGCAGCAUCGCAAGUGUGUUUUGAACCAUUUUACCCAGCCAAAAGAGCAGUACAUCUGUCCCGAAUGUUGGCGUACGCAGCCGAUGGUCAAAUCCGGUGCUACCAUCAUCGUAUCGCCCGCCUCGAUCAAGCACCAGUGGGAAAGCGAAAUCCGCAAGCACGUGACCGAUCCGAACUUUCGCGUGUUCAUCUACAACGGCAUCGCGGACAAAUGGAUCAGCCCGCAGGAUCUCGCUGCGUACGACGUCGUGCUGACGGACUACACCGUGCUCAGUCCGGAAAUCUAUCGCGUGCCGGAGUACGCUCGAAGCUCCCGGCACGAGCAGCGCUUUCUCAAACCGUCCACCCCGCUCACGAUGAUCCACUGGUGGCGCGUCGUGCUGGACGAAGCGCAAAUGGUCGAGAGCGUGAACAAUAACGCGGCCAAGAUGGUCAAAGCCCUGCCGACCAAGCACCGCUGGGCCGUGACCGGUACGCCGAUCGAAAAGACGAUCAACAAUCUGCACGGGCUGGUCAGCUUCCUGGACUACGAGCCGUACUCUUACUGGCCCACGUGGAAAGCGUACGCGGAACGCUUCCAGCAGGGAAAUGCCGAACCGCUGCUCACGAUGAUGGCGCGCGUCAUGUGGCGAACGUGCAAGCAUUCCGUCUUCGAUCAGCUAGACAUUCCGCCGCAAACCGAGCGCAUCCACCACAUCCAGAUGUCGGAUCUGCAGAACUACUUCUACCGCUGCGAGCAUCUCGCCUGUGCGCAGGCAUUCAACGAGAAGGCGCGCCGUAUCGGAGCCAACGAGCGGAUGGCACAGAUGAACAUCUCCACGCUAAAUCAGCUGCUGGAACCGCUGCGCAAGCUGCGCCAGGAUUGCACCAUUCCGUCCGUGUUGGGCGUGGGUCAGUCGGCACUGCAGGGCAAGAAGCUGCUGACGCCGGCCGAACUGCACGAGCAUCUAAUUGCCUGCAACAUUAACGAGUGUAAGGGCAAGCUGCGAUCGGUCGUGUCAUCGCUGAACGGUAUGGCGGCGGUCGAGAUCCUGCAGGAGCAUUACGAUCAAGCAUUCCGGCUGUACCAGGCGAGUCUGCGGUGCGCCGACGACUAUCAGGGUGCGAUCAGUGUGGACUCGCUGCUCCAGAUCCAUGCGCUGCACAAUCUGCUCGAUUUGGUGCGCACUUUUGAGGAGCAACUAAGUCCCAGCUCGAAGCUUACGGCGGAACAGAUCGCUGCGUACGAAGAGCGACGCUCCAAGCUGGAAGGACGCUACAUUGAGCAGUACGCCAACAAGGUGCGUUCGAUCGAGGCUACACUCCGUCCGGCGACGGAAAAGGUGGAUGAAUUGAUCAACGGCAAUGGCAGCUCCCAGCGGUUACAGCUCGAGGGAGAAUGGUGGCGCGAUCUGUUCGCCCUGUUCGAGCAAAGUCCCCAGCGCCACUCGGCCAUCCAAACGCGCGUACUGCUCGACCAAAGCUUGAUCGGCAACACGGGCGUCAAUUCGUGGCGAACGCUUGACCUCUGGCUUGUGAACUGGUUGGAUGGGCUGCUGGAACGACGCAGUUCCCUUGUGAAGGGCUUCCAAUCGUUGGGCUUCUUUGUGGAGUAUUUGCAACCGGACAGGACGGACUGGUCGCAGGAGGCACGUGCCCGAAUUGAUGAGCUGGUACGGACGGCGUUCGCGUGCCAUCUCGAUCCGGCCCUGUUCGAAGAGGAUGAGUUCGGAGUACGCAAGAAGGAGCGCCAAGAAGCGAAGGGCUUACCGGGUCCACCCGUUUGCUUACUGUGCAAGGUAAAGGACAAGCUGAAUGAGCUGGAAUCGGCACUGUUCCAGAUUCGAAAGACACAGGUCGCAACCGGCGGAUUGUGGCAGGUUUCGCGACAAGAAUCAGUACUAAAGCUGAUACAUGCGUAUGCAAAGCGACUGGAACAGGACAGUACCGUAUGGAGCAGGAUGGUGUCGCAGGACACGAUCGUCGAAAGUGAUCGGUUCAUUGCGUUUCUCGAGCGCGCUAAGGUCGAGUUUAAGGAGUACUCACAGUAUUGGGUAGAGAUUAACUACACCGUCGCAGCGUACGACGAGCUGACCAUGUGUAAGUCUCGCCUGCAGCUGCUCACACUAGCGGAACGGCGCGAGAUAGAGAAGAAGAAGAAAAAACCGUCCCCAUUGCAAGUACUGGAAUGCGAACUGGCCGAUACGCUGGCCGAGCUGCAGCUCACCAAAGCGGAGGCAGAGCGUGAUUUCGUACGGCUGAAGGGUACGCGCAAGUAUCUCGAACAUUUGGGCUCGCGGAAGGAGCUCGAACCAUGCCCGAUCUGUCACAGCAUCCCGGAGGGCAGGUAUGCCGUGCUGCAGUGCGGCCACCAUCUGUGUAGCAUCUGUUUGAUGCGCAUUUUCCAGCUAGCUCGAGCGCACGGGAACAUGACCACGUGUGGUAUCUGCCGGCAUGAGCAACACGUGAAAGACAUCCAGUACGUACAGCCGACCGAUCCCGUUCACAAGAUCCGGGGCAACUUUUCCAACAAAGUGUCCAAAAUCGUGCAAACGGCACUGGAGCUGGUAGCGGACGAUCCGUCCGUUAAGAUCGUCAUCUUCUCCCACUGGGAACCGAUACUGACCGAGGUGGGUGUGGCGCUUGCCGCGAACGGUAUCACGUUGCGCGAAAAGUCGGCCAAAUUCUUUCAGUGUGUGGCAGAUUUUAAGGAUCCGGCGAAGGGAAUCACCUGCCUACUGCUGCCACUGCGCUUUGGUUCGAAGGGAUUGAAUCUAACCGAGGCGACGCACGUGUUUCUGGUCGAGCCGAUACUGAACCCCGGGGAGGAGAUGCAAGCAAUCGGGCGCGUGCAUCGUAUCGGCCAGACGCGGCCCACGUUUGUGCAUCGGUUCAUUAUGCUGAACACGAUCGAGACGACGAUCCAUGAGACGAUUCAGGGCGAUCGGAGUGGACGAUGGUGGUCGAAGGAUGUUACCGUAGAGCAGCUGGCGCAGCUGUUCCGGCUGGACCAAGACGACGGCAGUGAGCUGCCAGCACUGUAACGUACGAUGAGCUCGUACACACAAAAUUAACAACAAAAAAAACACGUACAAUUGCG